AUGAUAUUGCUGUUGCUGCUGCAGGUCUUGACCAGCUGCCUCUGGCUGGGACAUGGCGAGGUGGUGACAUCAUCCUUGCAAAGUAAAUGUCCUCAGUUUUUCUUCUGGCAAACACCCCCAAAUGAAGCCCUGACUCCUGCAAACUCAGCCUCGAUCUGCCAGCUUUAUGAGAACCAGUAUUACUAUGCCACCCUGUAUGACAGGAAAGAGCGUAUUCCUGUGUACUCUGCUUAUAUCUACCAGCCUAAACAUACCAAAAGAUGUCAAAGGUGGAUGGUCGAACCCCAGCUGAUUGAUCUGAAAUAUCCCAAAACUAUGGAAACGCAGUCGUACGUCUUACAUGAUUUAAAAGUCAAGAAGACUCUACUCAAAGAUAGCCAGGCUGUCCUUGAAGACUAUGAGCACCCAGGUGAUUUUCAUCGUGGACACUUGACCCCCUGCAGCCAUACCUUUGACAGCAGCAGCUGUAAUUCUACCUUCACCCUCACCAAUAUCGCGCCCCAGUUUGCAAAACUCAACCAAGGUGCCUGGAAAAAAUACGAGCUGACCACAAUGAAAAAUAUGGCUCAGAACUGUAAAACCACCUAUGUCAUCGUGGGCACCGUGCCUGGGAGGAACUACCUUGCCGACAGGGUUAAUAAGCCCAGCCACUUCUGGUCAAGUGCCUGUUGUGAGCAGAAUGACAACAGAAUGAAGGCUUGGGGGGUCAUUGCUGAGAACAACAAGAAUGCAGUAGAGGAACUCAGCCUAGGGGAGCUGGAAAAGAGGUUGACCGACCUGUAUGGGAGAGGCCCAGUUUCUCUCUUUAACAAUGCAUGUCCCCGGCAACUAAGAUCCAUUCCUGGGUAUAAAAAGCCCGAGAGCCAUGACUUCUAA